AACACCUGAUAAAUCAGGAAUUAAGCCGAAGGAAAAUGAAUGAAUGAGCAUACAUUAGUAAUUCGCUACAUCCAUCACAAAACGCCAAUAAAAACGUCAAUGCCACAAACACACCACAAGAUGGCGGCCUUGCAUCGGUAAGGAAAAUACCAAAACAAAACCAUUCUUGCACGUACACAAUGCAAGAUUACAAGUAGUCUGAUAGCACGAAAACCAAACAUUUAAUCUUCCAGUUGUCAUGCAGACUCAAAAGUCAGUAAAAUAACAUCCUCACAAAAAACCCACACAAAUAUUCCAUCAAAGUGUUGCUCAAAUACCGGGAACUGAAACCUAAUGAACCUUUUUGGUAACCAUGUUAAACUGGUCUGAAGUUACCUGAGCUCAUGACUAGUUCCAUAUAUAAUUCAUCUCCUCAGUAAUCUACUCACCUUCAGAGAAGCAACCCGACUCCAUUAGCCUGUCUACCUGCCCUGAAGAAGCACUCGAGUUUGGAAACUGUCAACAGGUAAUGGUUUAGGAUCAUGGCUGAACAAAGGCAACGGGCCCUGUCCACAUCAGGGGAGGCUCUUUACCAAGUUCUGGGCCUUGACAAGAACUGCACCCAUGAUGACAUCAAGAGAUCCUACAGGAAACUGGCUUUAAAAUAUCAUCCUGACAAGAACCCAGAGAACCCUGACGCCACUGACAAAUUCAAAGAGCUAAACAAUGCGCAUGCGGUGCUCUCUGACGUCACUAAGAGGAACAUUUAUGACAAGUACGGCUCUCUGGGUCUGUAUGUGUCGCAGCAGUUUGGAGAAGAGAACGUCAACACGUACUUCAUGCUCUCCAGCUGGUGGGCGAAGGGUCUGUUUGCUAUUUGCGGCUUGCUGACAGGUUGCUAUUUCUGCUGUUGUCUGUGCUGCUGUUUCAACUGCUGUUGUGGAAAGUGCAAACCGCACACACCUGGAGAAGAGGAUCCAGAGGUCUACGUGUCUCCUGAAGACCUGGAGGAGCAGAUACGUACGGACAAUGAGAGAGAUGGUGACACUCCGAUUGUGCUGCAGCCAACCAAUGCAAGUGAGAAGACCCAGCUGAUCGGUGAUGGACACAGAUCAUACACCUAAAAGCAAAGGAGUCAAGAUAAAUACUGAUUUAAAAAUUCUGAGCAAUUUUGAGCAUAUUGAUGUCUUUUACAGUAUACUGCUUGUGUUAGGACUGAGAAAACAAAAAUUACUCAAUUUCUUAAGCUUUGUUUAACCAUGCUGUUUGUAAAUAACAGAUAUUAUAUUUGUCUUAUGCUUAAUGUGCAAUUAAAAGAAGAUAAUGUGA